AUGUCCAUACAGACCAAACCAGUCAUAACAAACGGAUUUCCUUCAGUGAAAUUAAACGGAGAAGAUAUUGAGUUGUUGAAAGCAAGCACCAUCUGUUUAGCAAAUUCAGAGCUUCGUGGUGAGCAUCAAAAGCCACACAUUCUCGUUGGACUGGACUACUACCACGAUUUAGUUACGGAUCCAGCAAACGGAAUCCGAACACCAACUGGUUUUCAUGUAGCAAAAACAGUCUUUGGACUCAAAAUUUAUGGUCGAGGAAUCAGCAAAGUAAGUGAGACUGCUAACACAGUAUGUCACAGCCUGACAGAAGUUUCCGAAAACACGGAACAAGAACUCUUACAGAAAAUGUUUGAGUUGAACGGCCUCGGUAUCAUCCCGGAAGAAACCCAGGGAGACGAGAAAGUUCAAAGAUAUUUCGAAGAAUACUCGAAGUUGAUCUCAUUUGAAAACAACAUCAUCACAGCUCCCUUUCCGCUGAUAGAGAAUGUAAUCUAA